AUUGAGGGAGUGGAGAGGGAUUCUUCAUCAGGAUUUCAGGGGUGAAGGACUGCUCCAUUUAAGCAUCCAAAAUGCCGGUCAUCAAUGUAGACGACCUGACAGACAAGGACAAGGCUGUAAUGGAAGUAAACCAACUCAAAAUUGAAGUUAAACUGGAGAGGUGGUUGACAUCGAAAUGCUGUGAGGAAAUUAAGGAGUACAUCCAGGCUGGAGUGGAGGAGGACAUCCUCGUCAAAGGCAUUGCAGAGGAGAAAAACCCCUUCAAGGAGAAAGGUGGCUGUGUCAUCUGCUAGAUCGGACCCGAGGAGCUGUUCAUAUCUCAGAUUAGCACCUGAGGACAUUCUCCCUCCCCUCAUAAAAUGGAUUUGCAGACUGAGAAGACUAGAGGGACUUAAUAAAGAAAAAAUAUAUAAAACCUCACAAGUUCCCAUGUAAACGAUUUGUGGCCAGAUUUGUAGCCUUAUGAUCUCAAUAAAUAAGAAUUGUAUUUGGUGAGGAUUAUGUGAUGCUUCUCUGUCAUGUGGUGUAGACUGAGCAAACGGGGCCCGUGUGUUGUUUCAUAAACAGAAACAACUGUCAAUAAAUGUGCUUGUUUAUAACUCA